CUUGCCAUGUAUAGUAAAACUACCGUGAGGGAAGGCGGCUGUUCCAAAUCUGAGCGUCACGUUAGAAAUAUGGUGUUAGACUAUGAUUCAGAUGUAUCUGACGGCAGUGCUCCAAUUGGUGAAGAAAGGGACGAAUCUUCAGACCUCAACUCGUCUAGUGAUGGUGAGGAACGAAGUCGUGUAACACAAAGGAAUGUUUUCGGAGAUGAUACUGAUAGUGAUAAAGAAACACAACCAAAACAUAGGCAGCCUAGGUUUGAACAGGAUAGUUUCGAAGAAUCAGACCACGAAAAUCAACUUAAUGACAACGCUGCGAAGCAACAGGAAACAGAAAACGAUUCAGAUAACUCACAUAGCCAAAGUUCUUUGAAAAAAAGGCUUCAGAGUAUCCGAUCCUCUUCUAGUAGUCCUAAUAAUGAUGGUUCCCGGCAAGAUGAUGGUAGUGAAACGGGAGAUAAUGGGUCACAAUUAGAUGACAUGGCCAAUUCUAAUGAUAAUGAAGGCCAUAUAAGUAACGCUGAGGAUGUAGAGGAUGAUUCGGCGCAUGAACCGGACGAAACAAGAAUAUCUGUUGAUUUUCCAUUGAUUCGUGCAGAUUUGGGCAGGGAGGUACAUUUGGUAAAAAUGCCUAAUUUUUUGUCGGUUGAAACUCGUCCGUUUGACCCUAACUUUUACGAAGAUGAACUGGAUGAAGAUGAAAUUUUAGAUGAAGAAGGACGGACGCGUCUGAAAUUGAAAGUCGAAAAUACAAUACGUUGGAGGAUUGGUAAAACACCUGAUGGUGAAAUGAUUCACGAAUCAAAUGCUCGUAUUGUUCGUUGGUCGGAUGGUUCUCUAUCACUACAUCUUGGGGACGAAAUUUUCGACAUACACAAAGUAGAUAUUCAGUCAGAUUAUAAUUAUCUCUUCAUACGAGAAGGUAGUGGUUUACAAGGACAAUCAAGUUUGAAAACUAAAUUAACAUUCAGGCCACAUUCAACAGAUUCAUUUACGCAUCGUAAAAUCACAUUAUCACUAGCAGAUAAGACAAAUAAACUACAAAAGGUCAAAAUUCUUCCUGUUACCGGUGCGGAUCCAGAAUCAAAUCGUAAUGUGCUUGUUAGGAAAGAGGAAGAGAAAUUGCGCGCUACAUUAAGGCGCGAAAGUCAGUUACGGCGUAUGCGUGAAAAGCAGGCCAUGUCAAGAAGUAGUUUUGGUAGUGAACGUAGGCGAAGUUACGGAGAGGAUGAUGAAGAUGAUGAUGACGGUAAUACAACGUCUUUAAAUGCAUUAAAAAGAAAUGCGAAAAACUCAUUGUUGGCUGCACGCAAAGAUGUUGCUGCAAUUUAUUCAUCCGAUGAGGAAUCUCUAAGUGAUAUAUCAGAACCUCGAUCACGUAAGAAGGUAAGAGCGAAAAUAAGUGAUGAAGAGGAAAGCGACUAAAAUAAAAUACUUUUCCACUGUUCCCAUACGAUAAAUUGUACAUAAUUUAUUUAUUGAAAAAUAAACAAUUUUCUUUUAUAAA